AAAAGAAUAUGCUCCACCCAUAGUAACGAUGAUUUUUUUGCAUAGAGUAGGAUCUGCACCUGACCUUAGAGAGAAGCGCCUUCGAUUUUGGAGCCGUUUAAUUGCCAGUCGCCUAGCUAACCAUAAUAGUCCUAAUCACUGGACAGGCGCUAUGAAAGCAACGCCUUUCGACCAAUACUCCCAUCUCCGACCAUGCUCCUCACUUUGGCUCUGCUGCUUUACUCCAAUCUUUUCACCCAAGUGGUAAUCUCUCAAGACACCAACCUUACCGAAGUUUCGCAAGCCUUUAUCAAUGCCGAUAUUCCGGAAGACAUCUAUCUCAAGUUCGAUCCGUCCUUCCUUCUCGAAGUUUCGCUCCCUCAAGCAACGAACUCUUCAAUCGUCUUGAAGGCAGGUGUUGAGCUCCCCCGCAACGCGACCGUCGGGCCACCCUCAUUCACCCUCGUUGGCCAGAAUAUCAACAGAGGCCCAUUUGUUGUAGCAGCAGUCGAUCCGGACGCCGUCCAAUCGCGAAGCGAAAUUCGCCAUUUCCUGGGAGGGAACUUCGUGGCAGAACAUAUCUCUGAUACUUGUACUGUCUUAUCUAACAAGACAGCCGCCGUUUCGGAAUGGCUUCAGCCUUCCCCUCCUGUUGGCACUGGCAUACACCGGUACAUUUUCCUGGUAUUCAAGCAACCUAAAGGUUUCAACGACCAGACGCUCGUUAACUCCACUUCACCAUACUGGUCUUGGAAUAUCAGCGCGUUCGGUGAAGCCGUGGGCCUCGGAGACCCAAUCGCUGGGACAUUCUUUUUGGUGGAAUCUGAUCCUGUAGUGCUCUAGAGCGUGAGCUCGUCCAUGUGGAAAAGAGAUUAUAUACAUUGCAGUUACUCC